GCCCCAGCGGAGGGUGGCGCAACCGCGCAUGCCCUGGUCGUGCUGCCCGGCACCUCGGGGACCACCCUAGCGGCGCUGCAGGCGCCCGAGCCCAUCGGAGAACUAGCCGCCCACGAGCCGCAGGAGGCGUCCUCGGCGGUGGUGAGCGGUAGCGAAGUCGAGGCCGCGGCAAACCUCGUCGGCGGCGCCACAGGGACUGUGGUCAGCGUCACCGGCGACCCGGACGACGACGAAGGGUGCGUCAAAAACGUGGCCCUGGUGCUGGUCGAGGGACCCGACCAGCAGCAGCAGCUCGCUGCGCUCGUGCUACCUGACGCCGGGCAGCGCAUGUCGGCCUCGGGACCCACCAUGGUCCUGCAGGACGGUGAAGCUGUGGCUGCGGCCAGCGGCCAGGCGGGCGGCGUCACGUGGCGCCAAUAUUACGACCACCCGCUCACAGCGGCCACCUCUGCCAUGCUCAACAUCCACGAGGAACAGGCGCUCAUGUACGAGUACGCUGGAGCACUCAAGCAGCAACAGCAGCUGCAGGGAGCCGUCGCCUUGCCGGAGAUAUGGCCGCACAACGUGAGCGUGCCAGCCACGUCUGCCUCUUCGCCGCCCACGACGGUGGUCAAGAGCGGCCACGUCUCGCCGGCCCUGGUGCAGAUGGCGGAGGACGCCAUCACGGCCCGCAAGGAGGAUAUCUUCCUGCCCAAGCCCGAAGUGCCGGACGCCGGCGGAGGGGGCACGUGUGCGGACUCUCUUGCCGCCCUCAGCGGGGAGCCAAAGGCCGAGGAAGUGUGCGCCACAGUGAUCACCAUCAAGCAGGAAGCCAUUGAGGGCACCAAGUCGGACGACCUGCUCGAACCCAAGAGUCCCUACUCUCCGGUGUUUGCCACCGUGCAGCCGGCGCAGCCGUAUGGUGGUGACCUGUUUAGUGUGCUGACCACGAGCACCUUCUCGAGCGGCAGUAGCCCACCCAGGCCCGUCUACUCCAGCAGUGCCACUGAGUACUACAGGGCCGCUACCGGGGUAGACUAUUACACGACGGCGACGACCACAGGCACUGACCAGUACGCGCAGGCAGUGCGGCAGCAACACCUAGUGGCAGCCGCUGUGGCAGCUGGCGGAGCAGGUAGUGCCACAGGCGCGUACGUCGAGCCCGAGCCAGGGUUUGUAGAUCGCUACAUCCGCCAAAACGGUGGAGCAGUUGUGAACGGUUAUAAGAGCGGUAUGCUCACCGUGGACCUGCCUUCGCCCGACUCGGGGAUAGGUGAGGCGACCAUGACGCCCAGGGAGUCGACAGGCCUGCCACAGAUGUUCGAAUAUGACAUCGGGCAACCACAAAUCCUCGCCUCUCCUGAACAAACCAACGGCACAACAAGCAGUGGGAGUCGGCCAGGCAGCUCGCAGUCUAUGCGGCGAUCAUGGCAAGAGUUCAGUCGGGCAUCCGAUGCUGACAAGAUUCAAAUACCAAAAAUCCAAUCAGAUGUAGGGUUCAAGUAUUACCUGGAGUCUCCCAUCUCAACAAGUCAAAGGAGAGAGGACGACAGGAUCACAUACAUCAACAAGGCAGGUCAGUUCUACGGUAUUACGCUCGAGUACGUCCCCGACCCGGACAAGCCUCUUCGAAACACCCCAGUCAAAAGCCUCAUCAUGCUCGUGUUCCGGGAAGAGAAAUCUCCUGAAGAUGAAAUCAAAGCGUGGCAGUUCUGGCACAGCCGGCAACACAGUGUCAAACAACGAAUCCUCGAUGCCGACACGAAGAACAGCAUGGGCAUUAUUGGCCAAAUCGAAGAGGUCACUCACAACGCCAUUGCAUUUUAUUGGAACCCUCUCGAAAACCCUGCCAAGGUGAACGUGGCCGUGCAGUGUCUCAGCACAGACUUCAGUAACCAAAAGGGUGUCAAGGGUCUGCCUCUGCACCUGCAAAUCGACACCUACGAUGAAUACAGGGAAAGCUGCACCCCAGUCCACCGAGGCUACUGCCAAAUCAAAGUCUUCUGCGACAAGGGCGCUGAACGAAAGACCAGGGACGAGGAACGGAGGGCGGCCAAGCGAAAACUCAACGCUACAGGCAAUGGGCGCAAGAAGAUUGAAGAGAUGUACCACCAGUCCUGUGAUAGGUCCGAAUUCUACUCCAUGAGUGAUCUCAAUAAACCUCCAGUGUUGUUCACACCAAAUGAGGAUGCAGACAAGGUAGCCGGAAUGGACCUCAAUUUCUACACAGGCCCAAUGAUGGCGGUGGACGAUCCAACCUGUGCCGAAAAAAUAAAGCUACCCCCCGAGGAACUCCCAGCUGCUGCUGUGACGACUGCUGACUGGCCUGGAAUAUUCGGGCAGGCCAGGCUCGAAAGGAGGGAGAAACUUGAACCAUGUGCCAAUGAUUCAGCCAUCAUCAGUCCACCGCUCAAGAAAAUCAAGGUGUAUCCAAGUGAUCGAGUGCUUCUGUAUGCCAAACGGGAGAAGGAAACUGUCUUCACACCACUUCAUUUGGUGCCACCUUCGCUGGCUGGUCUAGCGAAAGCAAUUGAGAGCAAGUACAAAGUAGAUGCUUCAAGCUUAAAGAACAUAUUUAAGAGAUGCAAGAAAGGGGUGACUGUACGAAUGGAUGAUGAUAUGGUCAAGCACUACUGCAACGAAGACAUCUUCAUCAUUGAGCUGGAGCCGACCAGCGAGGACUCCAUCGACGUGACGUUGGUGGAACUGUGAGCCCAGCAGUGCCUGCCCUGCCGCAACUGCCCACUGUACAUAGCCGAGUCACACGCCACUGUUGUACCAUACUUCCGUUUUUCUUCCAAGUUGUCGACCACACACCAAGAGCGGCAAGGCGAUGUGCGUACGACUGCCAGCGAUGCACUGGGUCGAUGUUACCGCUCUUAAAAUGGGCUGUAGGGCACACCCCUCCGAUCCCACUCUGUUGGGUCGAGCUACUUUUUUACAGGCCAUCUCUACAAUGCUCCGCUCUCUCUACCCAUAUUGCAGAGCUGAGAUGAGUUACUCAAAUCGGCCUGUUCUCUUUCGCUAUCUUUGCGAGAAUCAUUUUACAUCUAUUGGCAGAGGGCUAUACCUCCAUUCUUUUUACUACAUGUACUUUUUCCACGGUUGUGACGAAUAGGAUUUUUUUCGCUGUUACGGGGAAAGAAGAAACAUCUUCUGAAUGAUAGCUCAAGCCUGAUUCCAAGUGUGGAUGCAAGGCACUCUCUCAUGUUCUUUUCUUCAUUUUGGAGAAACAUUUGUCUUAAAACCAUCAUCAGGGUUGAGCUGUAUACACCAAACUUACUCUUUUUAUUUCAAUGUUCUUUGACCCCACCUGUGGCAAGCGUGGCAUUUUACUGUAGAAUUCCGUGGAAUGCGAAUGUCGUAACUGUUUCAUGGUUAAUUUAGUUGCAAAUUUUUUUUUAAUCAAGAGAGAUAUACAUUUUUAUAUCGCUUGUGAGAUGGUAUGUGAGAAAAAGACUCCUCAUAAGACAUGCAUGCAAGCUUGCACAAGAGCUUUGUAAAUAGUUUAGAGAAAGCUUGCACGCAUAUGUGACAGUGCUAAUCUUGCCACAGAUUGCGGAAAAUGACAGAGUUUGACGGCAUACAAAUGACUCAACUUUUUCGAAAUGUCAAAAAGUGCCCCAACAUGCAGACCAGGACUCUUUAAGUAUGCAGGAUGACAAUGUACCGUGCCAAAAGUUCUUAAAAAAUUACCUCAAGAACAUACUUAAAAGGGACACUGAAGAGUGAAUAAAAAUAUUAAUUACUGUUACAAUUAACAGUAAUUAAUAUUGGUAAUGAAUAAAAUUCAAUUCGUCUAAGAUUGAUGAAUAGGCCAGCAUUAUUUGACAGCAGAAGCUUGGUGUGCCAGAAAAAUUACCCAUGAGAAUCACCAACACUAAAUGUGAAAAAGCGUGAGAUAAUGACAUGCAAUUCGGGAUGUCUCGCAGAGUUGCUCUGUCGUUCGGGAACUAAAUUGGAGAAAAGUGGUGUUUCUGGCUUUGUUCAUUUCUUAGUAUAACAGAAAAUCCGUUCGUUGCCAGAAAAAAAUGCAUAACAAGCAUGAAAAGAAUUGAUGAAUAAAUUUUCAGUGUCCUUUUAAUAUUGGGGCACACUUAAUUUGACAGGCAAUUUUUGUAUAUGUAGUCUCCUGCAUGCAGCCCCAGGGGGUCAAGUCACGAACAUUCCAGCCAAAUGCAUUGACAUUCGCAUGAAGCCUAUAUACCAUUUUUUUUUUCUCUUCUGCAUUUGCCUUCAUUAGUAAUAUUCCUUGAUAAUGAAUUUCAUGACCCGCAAGCCAGAAUACUCCUUAAGUUAUUGCUUCUUGUUCACAUCUUUUAUAUUCUCCUACAAGGGGCCUGCAGCAUCGCCUUUUUCGUUUGCUUCGAGCUCUCUCUCCAAUGCUGCGCCCGUCUCUUGCUGCUUUUAACGCAGAGCUGGUCGUUUGGCGCAGAUUAUUGCCUGCGCUGACAAAAUGCAAUGCUUUCCUCUGCGAGCUGCGUCACUCACUCAGAGGGUUGUAUCGAGGUCACAGAGAUUAACUGCCACUGUGUCUCUUUUAUUUGUUUGUUUUCAUCUGUGCAAGAGUGCCAACAUUUCACCAUUUGGGGGAUCUCUGCGGGAACACCAGGACGGUUAACGGCGCUUGAAAACUGUAACUGUCUGUGAAGCAGGCACUUGUAACGCACCGAUCGCAAUGUGCCCGAGAGCCCACGAAAAGUCUGCCGACGUUGAAAGGUAGAGCGCUGCUCUGCUUCAAAUAUGAAACUUCAUUUCUGGCAGUAAAGAUGAAGAAAACCGUCGCUCUUUACUGGCAGACUUGAACGAUGCAUCGCACAUGCCCGGCACCUAGGGCGCAGAUUUCGCGAAAAACUAAAACUUAUUGCACCUUGUGUAAGCCGUGUGUUUAAACGUAUAUGGCAGCGCAGUGCGAAACACUGCCCCUUCCUCAAGCGAGUUGAGAUUUACACAAUCACAGAGCUUGGUCGGGGAAUCCAAUCGCCUCUCUGAAACAACGAAUGGGGGUUUAUCGUAAAAUACAUUCCUAGUUUGUUCCGUGAAUUGCGAAGCCGACAAAAAUUUGCUCUUGAAUUUCUUUGUGGAACUAGCUCCAAAAAGGACUCGUUUCCGCAACGGGUUUUGCAACGACUUUCGGAUCAUUCAACUUAUGUUCUGUUCCAAUACUCACCGUAGAUGGCUAGAUAGACAGCUAAAUGGACGGUGGCCAUCUUAACUCCCAUUCCAAUUCUCAAGUAGCCGGCAAAAUAGACAGCUCUGAGAAGACCGCAAUGUAGACAAAUGCGAUGCAGACCAUUUUGCUGUCCAAAGAAGAUGGCAGCUCAGUGAAUCGCUCAGAUAGAUCGGAUCUUGUCGGAAUGGUCGUCUGCACACAAGCAGACCUUUCUCCAGACGCUCAUUGUGAGUAAUGUUGAAUUUUUUUUAUUUGAACAUGAAAUAAGCCAGAAAAGACAACAGUUAUGUUUGUUUAUUUUAGCUUUCUCUUCUCAACACGAGGUGGUGCCUUGUCGCACGUAAGCCGUCAAGACGUGUUCCAUUUCUCGAACAGCAUAGGCUUGGUGCUGUCUUCUAAGCUGUCUGCAAGGACUGUAUAUGUGCUGUCUUAGAAUUGGAACACAGCCUUAAUUUCAAUGAUGGGCACUUCAUAUAAAGCAUGGCCAAGUCCCUUAUUCGUAAUGAUGGACAGAGCAUAAACAAAUUUAGAAAGCAUCAUAUACACUCAAAUACAACAGUAUUGCAUAACCUGUGCUACAGCAUGCCAUUCCCUUGCUUUUUAUUAUUAUUAUUAUUUAUGCUUGUUUCGCAAAAGUACGCAUCCCCAAGCUGCACUCGCUUUAAUGUUACUCUUUUAUUUUCAUGCUUUCCUUUGCCAGCGUGCCUUCUUGCUUUUAUUUGCUUAGGAUACGGCUCAUUUUUAGAGUGCAACCGAAGUGUUUUCUGUUGAAUAUAUGCUUGCUUUAUAUCUCCUUAUAUCCUUUAUGUUAUGUAUUCGAUUCCCACCCACAAUCGAGCCAAAUCGCUAUAGGAUUGUUGAGUCUAGUUCAUGUUUAUGAGUCUUGAAAGGUCUUGCGCAUUUUGAGCGCUUUGUUUUUCAUAGGAUGCUAUCUAUAUUAUAUAUAUCCAACACACACUCGACGCAUAUACACACAUACACGCAAUAUGGACACGCUGCAAAUCUUUCCCGCCACUGCAUCGCAAAACCUGCACGAAUGCCGCCAGCUUGCAUCGCACUUCGCUGCGCCGCACGGCUUGGCACUGUCUCAUGCGAUACUUUUCCACAACCUCCAUUAAGCGGCUUACAGAACUGCUACGGCAAAGUGGCCGACAAGAGGCGACUCGCCCGAUUUUAACAGGGUUCAGAAUUUUUUCGGUUCCUACUAUAUCGUGAAUCUGGUACACCGUUUCGUUUUCACCUCAGUGUGCAGUUCUGGAGUCUGUGUGGCAAAAGUUUUCUUCCUUGUGUCCUUUCGCGGACUAACUACUGCGUAAAUUGUCGUAGCUGUUUCUCGUCUUAGUUCCCCUCUUAUAAGCAGGACAUCGAAGCCGUAGAUAAGACAAAAUAAAUUCGACACUACCUGAAUGCUAGUAUACUCCAACACUGUGCAGUACUUACAGAUUGAAACGUGAGAAUUUGAGGCUAAGUGCUGUGCAUCUUUCCGCUUUCAGCAUCUGUAGCUUGUGUGACCUGCCACGGCGCACUACUGCUGAUUCUAAGAUUGCGGUAUCAAAUCCCACACCACCAUGCCCGCAUUUUGACGGAGGUGGAAUAUUCUAGGCCCAUGUACGAAAGAUUUAGGGCACAUGUUAAGGAGCACCAGAUGUAAGUGGAUGCAUAGUAUGCAGAAAUGCAAAUUGUAAUGGUCGAAAUUUCCGCUGCCCUCUACUAAGGUGCCCCUCACAGGUUUUGGGACGUAAAACUUCGACAAAUAUUAUUGAAACCAAGACAAGCAUAAGGGACAUUAUCUGCAGUUUCUUAACUAUAGUGUGAUGAAUAUCUUUUAAAUUCCUUUCAAUUUAAUUGAGAAUAGCCGCACUGCAGUUAAGAAACCACAAAUAACAUCCCCCCACAUUUUCCUUGGCCUAUUUGUCUGUCAGUUUCAUCAGUUAUGCCUAACAUAGAAAGUGACCCCCUUGCACAAUUCUUCUUUCAUAACAACUAUUACUAUAUUUGAAAUCAUAACAGUAAUUUUGACUUGAAUUUGUACAUCAGAGCCAUCAUUACCUUUAUUGGCAAGCUAUGCAGCAACAGUCGUGAAGAAUCGCUCGUAGCACAUGUACUAAACAAAAAGUGUCACGCUUCAAUCCGUGAGCACAGUACAUGUGCUAACAUGCUGCGUAAUGCUGUUCUUCCAAGAUGCCAGCUGCACCGCACCUGGGCACGGCCAAAGCCAUUGCAGCUUAACAUAGGCAAUUACAACCUCUUUCCAGCCAAAACACUAUUUAAAAUAAUUGACGGGGUUUAACAUUCCGAAAAACACAAUAUGAUCAUGAGAGACGCAGCUAUGGAGGGCUCCAGAAAUUUAGCCCACCUGGGGUUCUUCGACACCCACAUGAAUCGAAGUACACGGGUCGCAAGCAUUUUCACCUCCGUCACAAAUGCAGCCACCGCAACUGAGAUGGUCGCACUGAUUCAUUGCUUCGAAGCUGCUUUGAAAAGUGCAAAGAUUGUCAAAAAUUGAAGUAUAAAUACCCAUGCAUCAUUUGCCCAAAUAGUCUAACACUCUUCACAAGCCCAGUCUCAUUUGACAAUUAAGAAGUCUGCAAGACCGGUAGAGAUGUCCAGAAAAAUUUGUCAGAAGUGCAACACAAAUGACAUUCCUUCUAACUGCACUUGUUCACUCGAUGUCACUGUGACAUUGGUGGGCUUGACCACGAACGACGCAGAAUCAUGAUAACCAGCGGUCCUUGGUUGCCAAAACGCUCAUGUCGGCAGGCCUUUGCUCGUAGCAGCUCUACAGCCAAGAGUACGCUCACAUUCCCAGCCAUAUCAUCCAGUGCCUGGCAGCGAAUAGGGGGGGGAAAACCACAAAUGUGCAAUAUUACAUACCCUCUGUGAAGACAGGCCUAGCUACUUACAUGGACUCUGACAGCAGUAACAGUGAAAGAGGCAUCUGUGUAGAUUUUCACACAUUUUGGAAAGAAUUUUUAUAUUUAGACGAGAGAUUCAAGAUCGGGUGUUGGAUGAGCUGUAUAACGUUUUGGAGAGUCUGCAAUUUUUUUUACUUAAUGCCAUGAUCUUGUCUUGUGAUUCAAAAGGCAAGAGGGUGGUUAUCAAAACAGCGUUGGCAACUGUUGCGCAACCUACAGGCCACAGUCUAGUUUUUUUAGGACAUCUGCAGGCUCCUUCAUUUUUUACCUGUGAUACAAGUCUCAAUUUUGACAGCGGCGAGCGACGGUGCGUCCCAAAUCACAAACGUCCCCGCACGAGGAGACGCAAGACGAGUAUUACUCGAAGCCAAGGUCCCUGCACGUUAAGCUUCCCUUGUCUUCAUCACACAUAUUUUUUUUUGUAUACAAGCAUUGAUGUGUAGCACUUGUUUCAUAUUUUUUAUGUGGAUGAUCCUUAUUUGUAUGUAAUGUUUAUUUUUCUUUUCUAUUUGUGGUGUUUGCAUGGUGGCAUGCCUCGCCAGGGGACUUCUUCGUUUCCCUGAGAUUCAUUUGGUAAAAGAUGCAACGAGUGUUCAUCCUGACCUAUCACCGUAGCCGCGAGCACGCGCUGUGGUUGACAGUGGAGGUCGGUGAUGUACUAAAAUGCAUGCUUUACAAUCGCAAGGGAAGGCAUAAAAAAAAAGUAUGGGGGGCAAAUUAAAAAAAAAAAAAAAGACACCCUCAUCUAUACAGUGCCAUAUUUCUAUCCAGACAUUUUUGUUUCUCUUGUAGUAUAUGUGCUUGAUUAAAGACUCGAAGGUUUUUCAUGUCUGAAACCUUCCAAGUUUGAACAGUUAUCUGUGUUGUCAGAUGCUUGCAUUGUGUACCUUGGUUAACUUCGUCAUCUUUUUCAAUGCUUAGUUAAAGACAGGUCGUCAUGCGUUGCCGGCCUUAAUGGCCAUGACGAAAGCCUGGGGUCCUUAAAAAGAUAUACUUCCCAAAGUCCUGGCAUGCUGCAAGUGUUUCGUGUUGUUUUUUUUAAUGCCUGGUGUACUCCACCACGUGAUGUCCUUGCUCUUAGAGGAUCUCUUGCUCCCCCACGCAUUGUAUUCAUUUGUCUGUGGGAACAUACGAGUAUAUCUCUACUUACAUUAUCAUGAAAACCAAUAAAGCUUGCCACACCUUGUUGCUCUCA